AAAUCGUGUUCACUACAACUCUUCUCGGCAAAGCGGCUUCUCUGAAAUAAUCUCCGUAAUCUUCUUCUCUAGUCUCCGUUUCUCUGAAAUCGUGUGUCCGUAAGCUUCUUCUUCAGAUUGGUUGUCUCCUCAAAUCUCCGUAAUCGUAUUCUCUGGUAUAUUUCGAGGCUUUGCUCUGAGUUUUUCGAGUAUUUGAGUGAGUAUAAUUAAUGCUGUGAGUUAGAUAUAUGUUUUGUCUGAGUUUGAGUUAGUAUUCGUUACGGCUGAUUUAGGAUCCUUAACGACUGAUUUAUAGAAGGUAAUUGUGACUGAUUUAGUAUUCUUUGAGACUGAUUUAUUUAUGUAAUGAUGGCUGAGUUAUGUUUUGUGGCUUGUUUAUUUUAUGUCUUUCUUCUGAUUUAUCAUUGAUAUGUUAUAUAUGUCUUUUUUGAUCAGAUGGAUGUUUCCGAAGAUCUAGCAAGGGAUUACCCUCCAAGACUUUACCCUGAAGGGGCUUCUAUUUUUGAAAACAAAAGCAUUAAUACGAAUAGCCAUUUUUCUGAGAUCCCUCGACUUAGACAAGCAAUUGGAAUAGAUGUGUGGGAUAAUCUGAAGACGUAUCCUGUUGGAUUGAUUGCUAAACUGGCUGAGAGCAAAUUGGUGUGGUCUGGUAAGACCGUACAUUAUCUACUUUGUAGACAGCUGCGAGUCUAUAAGAAGGAGAUUUGGUCUCUCGUUGUUGAUCAACCUCUCAGGUUUAGCUUAAUAGAAUUUGGUGAGAUCACGGGUUUAAACACAAAUCCACUGCCAGAAGAAAGUUUUGAACCUGAUCCAGAGAAUUACAAAGCGUUGUGGGAGUUGUUGAAAGUGCCGCUUGGGUACGGACCCAAGUUUGAUGAACUUAUAGAAGCUUUAACGGAGUGUCCAUUCUGGAGUGCUGAUCAGCGGAAAUGGUAUGGGCUGUUGUUUCUUCAAGCCAUUGGACUUUAUGGCUUGCAUCAUAAUUGUAGAAUACCCUUUGAAAGUGCAAAAAGAGUAUUCGAUGAUGACGCCCUGAUGACUUAUCCUUGGGGUCGGACUGCCUAUGAAUUUCUUGUUGAUUCUAUCAAGUUGUUGCAUCCACAAGGAGGGUCGUACACCCUUAGCGGCUUCAAGGACGUGUUAUUGGUUUGGGCGUAUGAAUCUGUCACAGUGUUCGGAGAGCUUUAUGGCAGAAAAGUGAAUCCAGACGAAAUUCCGCUUUUGCGAUGGGGUGGAAGUCGUACUCGUGCAAGUCUUGCUACUACAAUAGCUAAGGAGAUGAAUGAUCAUGGAACGGUGCGUGUGAGGAAAAUGGUGAUGAAGGAGGGUCUAGAAGAGCUGUUUCCUCAGUGGAAGGAUGAAGCAGAUGACCCACAACUUGAUAACCUAAUUAAAGAUAUACAUGCAGAUAGGUUUGUUAGAGAUUUUUAUGUGCAAUCGAAUGAGAAGAACAAAAAAACGAAGGCUGGAGUUUCGUCAGAGGCUGAGCCACCCUCAAAGAAGCAGAAGAAAGGUAAGAAACAGAAGGAGGUGAAAAUCAAUGAGGGUGAAACUGCUGUUGUAGAGGAGAAGGAGAGUGCAAAGGAGAAGGGUCGUAGCGAAGCGGUUCUGCUGAACAUAGUUGCUCAUCUCGAGAAGUUGGACCGAAAAUUUGACUCGAGAUUAACAGAAUACGACACCAAGUUUGGAGAUUUUUCCCAAGGCCUUUUGGAUACCAUUGGAGAUACAGUGAAAACUACAGUUGAAGAGCGUCUGAGAGUUUUGGGGGUGUCCAAUAGUAGUCAACCUGAAGGUCAACACGUGAUGGUCUCAGAAGACAACCAACAGCCGGAGUCCAAUAGUGGUCAACCUGAUGGUCAAAACGUGAUGGUCUCAGAAGACAACCGACAGCCGGACUCCAAUAGUGGUCAACCUGCAUCUAAGACCCCUAUUGAUAAACAGUCCGAAGACAGCCAACCGCAAAAGACCCCUGAUAAAGGCCAAUCUGAGAAGAAUCUGGCAGAUGAUAUUGCUAAAGCUGAUGCGAAAGGUAUGGGAGCAAAGCUGAAUUCGAAGGUUGUCAGGGAUAAGGCUGCUGGGGUGAAAAAGAACUUGGAUUCGGCGUUUGGUAAUGCCGAUGCAACAAAUGCUGAUUUGGUCUCUGAUUCUCCUGGUAAGGAACCACCAUUCGGACGCGGUUGCAGGGGCUUAGGGAAAAGAAAUAACUUAGCGGCUGAUUUGGAGAGGAAUGAAGCUGAGUUAAAGAAGAAGCAGAAGCAAGAAGAAGCUGAGUUGAAGAGGAAGAAGAAGCAAGAAGAGGCUGAGUUAAAGAAGAAGCAGAAGAAAGAAGAGGCUGAGUUAAAGAAGAAAAAGAAGCAAGAAGAGGCUGAUUUAAAGAAGAAGAAGAAGCAAGAAGAGGCUGACUCAAAGAAGGAUAUUCCUGCUUCAAAAAGGACUCGCAGUGGUACAAUAAGAAUACCCAUUCCGACUAAGCAAAUUAAGAACACCAAGUAUUCAGACGAACUGUGGCCGGAAUCUGAUGUGGAGGAAGAUGAAAGGAAAAGGUGUGGAAGAAUAAAGGAGUAUCGGCUGAAAGCUGUUCAAUUAUCUCCAGAUGGGUCUCAAAUGAGUGCGGAAUUUGGUCCUUCUGUACCAUUUCCCCACAUCGGAGACAAUGUAACGACGUGCAUGAGAAAAGGUUUUGAACCUUCACCUGCAAUAUAUGAUCCCCUAGGACCUGUUGAUCCGGUUAAAAGGGAUAAUCUUUUGCAACACCUAAAGCCACACGAGUAAGGACUUUUGCACCAUUUCGUUGAUUUUAGCUAAUAAAAAGAUUUUGCAGAGACUGAGUUGUGUUAAAUUAUCAGGGAAAUUCCACAUGGAGAAGCUCACGAGGAUAUUGAGUUCUACAGAAUCCUCAUCACUCCAAGACCUUGGCCCAUCAAAGAAUAUGGAUAGCUGGUUCAAAAUGUAAGUAUGCAGCUGAGUUAUAUUUACUUUACGGCUAAGUUAUAAGUAUGAUACAGCUGAGUUAUAUAUUAUCUGUGCAGCAUAUUGCUUCGUAUAUUAGAGUCCUCAUUCAAAGGUCCAAACAAGAUCCCAGCCCAUUCUGGUCCAAGCGCGUCGCCUUUAUAGACUCUUGGUUCCUUGAAUCAUGGGUUAACGAUUAUAAGCAGUUCGAAGUCAAACCGGAAAUGGUCAAAUUCAAAGGAAAUGGUUACGAGAAGUUAGCAAACGGUUUGAUCCCCACAGACAUUCAGACAAAGUUGCGGUGGUUUACAGAUGUAGAUCACUUGUACGGAAUGGUUAAUACUGGCGGCAAUCAUUGGGUGGGUUUUCACGCGGAUCUGCAUAAAGAGAAGGUUGAUUGCUAUGAUUCAAUCGUUGGAGAGCAAACACUCGAAAGUGAUCGGAGAAUGCUAAAAUUCUUUGGGCCGCUUACUCGUAUGCUCCCUGCGAUUCUGAAUGCCCUUAUUCCUGAUGAUAUCCGAGUCCAUACCAAGAAAGAUUUUGUAUUCAGACGAAGAACAAAACGUAUUGUUCCACAAAACAACCUGAGAGGCGACUGUGGAGUGUAUUCAUUGAAGUUCGUCGAGUGUCUAGCGCUUGGUGUAGCUUUUGAUGGGAUAUCGGAUGAAAAUAUUCAAGGUCUGAGAAUGAAGAUGGCAGCAGAUGUCUUCAAUGAAGGAAGUUGUUGUAGUUUGGUAGGGUCGUUUGGCGAUGAAUGAAGAUGAGUUUUGUAUGACUUAUGGCUAGAUAUUUUGUACUUGACUUAAAGUUAUGAUUUGUUUAUCGUAACUCAGCCACCUUGUUUAAAUUACGCAGCCGUUACGUUAGAUAUAGCUCAGCCAAACCUCAAACCAUACCCUAAAAUAGGGAAAUAUUUAAUAAGUCAGCCGAUUCGUCUUCAUAAAACAGCCGUUUAGGUAGAUAUAGCUCAGCCAAACCUCAAACCAUACCCUAAGAUAGGAAAAUAUUUAAUAAGUCAGCCGAUUCGUCUUCAUAAAGCAGCCGUUAAGGUAGAUAAAAGUCAGCCAUACCUCAAACCAUACCCUGAAUUAAAAUAAUUGAUAUGUUUAUACUUAAAAAUGUUAUAACAUUCCCUAAUAAGUGAAUAUAUAAUCAACCGAACGUCUCUUAUUUAUUGAAUUAACGAGUUUAGAAUCGAUCAUGAUCUUGAGGUAUAUGUUGUCUUGCAGUUACUUAAAACCUUACAUGUAGAUAUAGAGUGUGAUCAUAAUACAACUCUCCUAAACUAUAUACAACGCAUUUUAAGACUAAAUUUAUGUUAUUUGUUAUAUUUAUCACACCGUUAUUCCAAAUCCUAAACAUAAAUCCCUAAAUAAACAAACCUAAACUCUAAAUACUAAACCCUAAACCCUAAAUCCCAAAUAUUAAAUCAGCCGUAAUAGGCUAUAUAACUCGGCCGCCACGUUUGUUAAAUGUUGUCGUUUGGCGGGAAAUAAGAUAAAUGAAUUUUGAGAAAUUUCAAUUCCCGCCGUUUCACGUUCUAUGUUUCUCUAUAUAUAGUGCCCUCUCUAAUACCCUUUCUUACGCCUUUAUCUCUCUAGAAAAAACCUAAACAAUAUCUCUCUAUCCCCAUCAAAAGCCAUGCCGAUUGUUCCUGAAAAUUCAGAGAGGUUAGAGAACAGUGUUUUUGCGAUACUAAGCUCUGCAAAUCGUGAAAACCUCCCUGUUCUAUACCCUGGUCCGUGUGACUUGCUUGACACAACCAGCCCUACAUGGUUUAAAUUUUUGACUGAUCUCUCCCUGGUCAUCCCGACGAUUCUUGCAGAAGGAUGGGUUCAUGCAUGGCCGACAUACUGCGACAUUUCCGAUCAUUUUAAAGAACGCUGGUUUCUUCAACUCGCUGUAAGGCCGGACAUUUGUUCAUAUAUAUUAAUAUAUACCAUCGGUCUGUAAUCUUUGUAUUUUUUGUUUGCCGUAGCGGACAAACACAUGGGAUCGAAGGCAUCAUUUGACAGUUUGGCGUAAUUUUAAUCUUGUGGCCAGAAGUCUAUUUCGUUGUCAGAUGCGCCAUUUGAGGUGGACUUGGUUGGAAGGAGGCGAGAAGCCAACUUGGAUGCUAACCAGCGUUUGGCUUGAUCUCUGCCACAUGUUUGAAGAGUCUGGUCCAGAUAAUUUUGGUUCCUGAAAGUCUUUUCGUGUUUGUAUUUUGAACUUCAUUAUUUCAGCCAUAACUUGUUUCAAUGAUUCAGCCGCAACUAGUUUGAAUGUAAUCUCUACCACAUGUUUGAAGAGUCUGGUCCAGAUAAUUUUGGUUCCUGAAAGUCUUUUUGUGUUUGUAUUUUGAACUUCAUUAUUUCAGCCAUAACUUGUUUCAAUGAUUCAGCCGCAACUAGUUUGAAUGUAAUCUCUGCCACAUGUUUGAAGAGUCUGGUCCAGAUAAUUUUGGUUCCUGAAAGUCUUUUCGUGUCUGUAUUUUGAACUUCAUUAUUUCAGCCAUAACUUGUUUUAAUGAUUCAGCCGCAACUAGUUUGAAUGUAAUCUCGGCCAAACAUUUUAUAUAAUUCAGCCAUAACUUGUUUCAAUAACUCAGCCGUAAUUAUAUUUUGAAACGCAUUAUUUCUGUUUGUGAAUGUUAUCUCGGCCACAUAUCUAAUAUAAAUAACUCAGUCAUCAUUGUAUUUAAAUAACCCAGCAUCGAUUUAAUUUUAAGAGGCGGUAUAUGGGAAGUUCCAUCAUUAUGCGCGUGGGAAAAUUUUGCUGCCAUGAUAAUAUCGAGACUCAUUAUUACGAGUUUUUAUAUAUAUGUUUCAUUUACAAUAUCGAGACACUGAUAUUAUAUUGUAUUUUAUAUAUUUAAUAGUAUUAUAUAUGUGAUGUCGUAUCUCUUCUUACAAAGUAAAACAAUUUUUAGUUUCCAAGGACUUUGAAAUCUAUUUUAACAAUGUCUUCCUCAUCCUUCACCUCAGGAAAUUAUUACAGACGACGUAGGAAUACGGAAAGAGGAACGCCGAAAGAGUGUUGGUGUGGUGCACCAUCUGACAUUUUUACAUCUGGAAGCGAAACAAAUCCAGGAAGAUUGUACUAUUGCUGUGCAAAAGGAUAUCAUAAGGUUAGUUCUGGUUCUUAUUUCCCAUGUUCGGAAACGUAAUACUUAGAUCUGGUUACAUUGGUGAAAACAGAGUCAUUUAUUCAAAUGGGCGGAUGAGUGCUUGGUGGAAGAGGUUGAAGAUAUUAAGGCAGUGAUAAAUGGCAUGAAUAGAGACAUCUCGGAGUUGCGAGUUAACGUUGCUCGGUUGGCGAAUGGAGUAAAGACAGAAUCUGAGAGAAAAGGAGGCGAAUGUUUGAGUGAGAGUCGGUGUUUGAGGAAUGUGGUUGUUUGUGUGGCUGGAAUGGCGAUACUUUGCUACUACUACUUCUCUGUUUAGUCAUGUUUUGUCAUCAUAAGUCAGCUUUCGCGUGUUAUGUAACUCAGCCUCUAUUAACUUUUAAGUUGUUUUAACUCAGUCGUAUGUAAACAAAACUAUGCGUUUAUUAAUAUAUAACUCAGCCGUUAAAUCAAAUUGAUAAAAGCGAGAAUGUUUUGUUACUUCUGGUAAAUGACAUAAAUAGCCUUUGGUUAAUUUUAUUUACUUUUAUGCUCAGAUAGUCUCAUCAACCAGUAACAUUGAUUGACCUAACAAUUAGAAAAAAAAAACAUUGUCGGAAACGGAGAAGGAACCGCAAGGAUACGAAAUCGCUGUCGACAUUGUGUUUACUUCCUGUUCCUAAAAAUAACUGUGAGAUCUCUGUUAUCGUUAUCGUUAUCGUUCGUUUGUAUCAUCUUCGCCGCAUUCAUAUCUACAAGUUCGUCUUUUCGGUAGGAUGUCGCGACGUUAAAUAUUGAUUUGGGGUUUUGUUUCGAGUGAGUUAGGGCUAUGUUUCGAGUGAGUUAGGGUGUAGUUGUGAUUAGGUUAUUGUUGUGUUGUAGCUGAGUUAUUGUUAUGUUGUGGCAGAGUUAUUGUUAUGUUUUCCCUGAGUUAUUGUUAUGUUUUCCCUGAGUUAUUGUUAUGUUGUGUCUGAGUUAUUUUAAUGUUGUGGCAGAGUUAUUGUUAUAUUCAUUGAGUUAUUGCUAUAUGUCGUGACUGAGUUAUUGUUUGUUUAUUUGUUCAGAUGGAUGUUUCUGAUGUUAAAUCACAGGGUUACCCUCCAAGACUUUAUCCUGUAGGGUCUUCUAACCUAGAAAAUAAAGACAUUAAUCACAAUUUCCGUUCACGAGAUUUACCUCAUAUUAUAGAAAUACUAGGAGAAGAUGUAUGGAAAGCACUGGUGAACUCUCCCAUUGGAGUAGUUGCUAGGCUAGUUGAACGCCGAAGCGUGUGGUCUGGUAGAACAGUACACUAUCUACUAUGUAGACAGCUGCGAGUACAUAGGAAGGAGAUAUGGAAUCUGGUGGUUGAUGAGCCUAUCAGGUUUAGCUUGGUAGAAUUUGGUGAGAUAACUGGGUUAAACACUGGUCCAUUGCCAACAAAAAGUUUUGAACCUGAUCCUGAUAAAUACAAACCGUUUUGGGCGAAGCUGAAGGUGUCGCUUGAGAGGGGACCCACGUUGGAUGAACUGAAGAACUCAAUAGAGGUCUGCCCGAGUUGGACAUUUGAAGAGCGUAAAUGGCUAGGGCUAUUAGUUCUUCAACACAUGGUACUUUAUUGUUUGCAUCCAAAUUCUCGGGUGCCAUUUGAAAGUGCCAAAAGAGUGUUUGACGAUGAAGCCAUGAAGUCGUAUCCAUGGGGUCGGACUGCAUACGAAGUUCUCAUUGACUCUAUUAAAACGUUGGCUCCAGACAGGGGGUCAUACACAUUAAGCGGCCUAAAGGAUGCGUUAUUGAUUUGGGCGUAUGAAUCCAUCGUCUGCUUUGGCAAGUGUUUUGGGAGAGUGGUGAAUAAUGAAGACGUUCCACUUUUACGAUGGGGUGGAAAGCGUACUCGUGCAAAUUUCGAAAACUUGUUGUCUGCCGAGAUAAAACAACAUAGCCAGGUAAGGUGUAACGCUGCGUUUUUAUUUCUUAAAUGGCUGAUUUAUUAGACUUAAUGGCUGAGUGUUGUGUUUAUUUGGUGGCUGAGUUAUAUUAUGUCCUGGUGUUACAGGUGCGUGUUAGGAGAAUGGUUUCGAAGGAGUCAAUCGAAGAGUUGUUGCCUGAAUGGUCGUGUCAACCUGACGAUCCACAACUCGUUAACUUGAUAACAGACAUACAUGCAGGUAGAUUUGUAAAAGGUUUUUGGGAAGUGCAUGGAAAUGCGGAGGGGAAGGGUAACGAGAAGAAGAAGAAGAAAGCUGAGCCACCCACUAAGAAGCAGAAUAAAGUUAAGACCAAUGAGGUUGAAGCUGCUGCAAUGGGAAAGGGUUCAAGCGAAGAGGAAGGUAUUAAAAAUUUGGGGAACAACGCGAGUCUGAUGGUCAUUGCGAGUACUCUGGAUAAACUUUCCAGAAAAUUUGAUCUGAUGGACGCGCGAUUUAAAAAACCAUUGGUGGACCAGAAGUCGAUAGAUGACAUGGUGAAAGUUGCAGUGGAGGAGCGUCUGAAAGUUAUGGGGAUAGGAAAAAAUCCCCAAAACAAAGAAAAUCUUUCAAACGUCGCCGCCGACCAACAACCUGAACCGUUGUCAUCACCGCAGCCUAAUACCCAGCAGAAGUCUGUCUGUAGUCCACUGUUAGCUGAAACCCCUGGAAAGGACAUGGGACCUAGGAACAAUUUGUCCAACGAGCUUGAUAAGGAGAGAGGGAUGAAAAAAACUUUGGAUAAGGAGUUUGGAACACAUGCUGAAGAUGAGGGUGCUAAUGUUCUUGAUUUCCUAUAUGUUUCUCCUGCAAAAGCAACUAAGGCUGAAGACUUACGUUGCCGCUCCACGCGCAACCGUACUAUAAAGGAUGAGGAUGCAGAAGAUAAGAAAAAAGCUGUGCAAGCAGAGGCUGUGUUGAAGAAGAAGGAGAAAGCUGCCGCUAAGAGAAAAGCGGCUGCCUCAAUGAAGCAAAAACAGCCUGAGUUAAAGAAACCAAAACAGGCUGAGUUAAUGAAUGAAGAACAGGCUGAGUUAAAGAAUCAAGAACAGGCUGAGUUAAUGAAUGAAGAACUGGCUGAGUUAAAGAAUCAAAAAGCCGAUAAUGAGAA